AUGUUAAUUUCUCUAAAUAUAUAAAAGAAUAAUUAAAUUUAUUACUCUUGGUUCUUCUAAAACUUUUUCUUUAUUUGCCUUUUGGGUCCGUGUGAUACUUCCUUGUAUUUGGUCGAAACGCAUCUUUGCGAAACUAAUGUAACGGUAAGGCGCCUUCCUAUUCUCAUACUAAACUUGAAGUUUCGGCCAUGUGCUCAUUUGUACGAGAGAAACAAAGCUUAUUAAUGUGACUCUUACAUUUUAUUGGCAAAUCGAAAUACAAUUGUUGUUCAAUGUGUAUAAAUCUACUCGAACUAUUCUUCAUUGGCUAUAACAAGAAGAAGCGUAAUAAGAGAUGGAUAGCAAUGUAGUUAUGAAAAAUCGUUCUAAUAUGAAUGAUGAAGAGGAAGGAGAAGCUAAUAGUGAACUUGAAGCUAGAUUGUACGCUGAAAUUUAUUAUUCUAAUGAAAUUCCUGAUAAAGAGUCUCCUCCACAGGAACAAUAUAGUAUGACAACUAUUAAUGUGAAAAAUCAUUGGAGAAAUAUUGCAGAUAUAGACCAAGGUGUAGAAACUAAUAAUCCUACUACAAAUAGCGAAGUAUCUCAGAACAUUGAGGAUAAGCCACAACCUGCUUUAGGAGAAUCAUCUAAUAGAUGUCAUAAUAUUGAAGCUUCCCAAGUUGAUGAGAAUAAUGGUAAUUUCAAACAAACCAAUUCUGAAAAUACUAAUAAAAAAGUUCAUUCAAAGAAAGGACAUACGCCUAAAAAAAAGAAAAGCCAGAAUAUAGAAUCUGUGACUAACGAGAGUCAAGAAGAAAGUGAUGUUCCUUCAUUGAAUAAGGCUUUUGAGGAAAAAAAUACAGAAGUUCAUGAAAUUCAAUUAGAGAGUCAAUCUGCUACAAAUAUUAUUAAUAAUGAUAAUACAAAUACCGAAGUAAAUAAAGGUAACAAAACACCAAGAAGCAAAAAGUCAAAAAUCUGUCAAAACAAUCCUGUUACCCCAAUUAAAAAAAAGUCACACAAUAAUCAGCAGCAGCUGAUUGAAGAAGAUAGUGUUACAAAUAAAAUUGCAGAGAACGAAAGAAUAAUUUCUGAAAAUCCAGCAAGAAGUGACCCUUCCAGUUUAUUAAAUGUACUUGGACAAGCUGCAGUGGAUACAUUUAAUCUGAAAAAACAAGGGACUUCAAAAAAUAAAAAGAAACAUUCAAAAAGUGCUAAUGUAGAAACAACAUCUUCUAAUACAACUGAGAAAGAAACAGUACAAAAAUCUAAGAAAUCUAAAAAGCGAAAAAAGGCUUCUAAACGGAAAAAUGAUAAAAAUAUCGCACCCAUAAUCAUACUUACAUCUUCAGAUUCAUCAGAUACAAUAACAGAAACUCUUCGCAAGUACAAAGUUCUUUCGAAGAAGAGUAAAAUAAAAGAGAGACAAAGUUCCAGAAUUUACAGCACCUCCGAUUCCGACGACUCUAUACUUGAAGUACCGGUACCACCAAAACCUGCACCACCAGUAAUUAAUUUACACGAUUCUGAUGACGAAUCUAGGGAAAUAGGAAAUCGACCGAAUUCACCAACUACUUCUUUGACUAGUGAUCAUCAGUUGACAACUAAAAAAGCAAACAAAACUGCAGAUUCUGAAUUACUACCGAUAUCUGACGAAGAUAGAAAUCAGACAGUAUCACAGACAGGUGCUCUUGACACACCAGUACCUACUUUUGAAACUACAUCUUCUGAAAGUAGUAAUGAUUCACAGCCAGUAGGACAAACUGUGCUGAGUAAUACCACAUUACAAACUAACUGGACUGCAAAACUACCUAGUAAUGCUAAUUCGACACCAGAAGAACAACCUGUUGUUGAAAGCGAAGAACACAAUAUAAUUUUAAAUUGCACUGGAAUCCAAAGAGGAGCAUCUAGCUUGGAAGAAAUAAAGAAAAUGUCUGCUACAGCAGAAUCUAAGCAAGUAAGCAGCGAUGACAGCAUGACAGAAAGUGAGGCUGAUAAUUGGGGUCAACUAGCUCAAAGUCGAAUAAGUUUGAAUGAAAGUGAAACAGCCCUAAGCAGUAUGAAACGUGUCUCAAUAUCAGAAAACGAAGUUACUGCUGACAAUUCAAAAAAUGUGAAACAUAAGAAAACUAAGAGCAAAAAAGGUAGUGACAAUUCCACCAAGGAAUCUCAUGAUGCUACCAAGAAAAAUUAUAUUCCUGAAUUCUCUGGUAGUGUAACAUUUAACUUUAAAGAGGGAUCUAAUAAUCAAGAAGCAAAUUCUACGGAAUUUACACAGGCGUUAAUACAAGAUCCAGUAGAAAAUCCUGAACCUGCGGAAGAAACAUCAUCUGAAAAAAAUGAUCCUAUAAUAACCCAUACUGAAACAAGUAACAAAGAAAAAUCACCAAAUAAGAGAAAAAGGUUAUCAGAUACUAUCAUUAGUCCAAGUACUAGUUCUAAACAAGCAAGAUACUCUGAUGCGGAGGCUGGACCAAGUAGUGUGGGAGUUAACACCCCAAAGAAAAAGAAUAUUGAAAAAUCAAGUCGUCGCAAUUGCGCAGCCGAUUAUUUUUUCCUACCUAUGAGCGAUGAGCUGAAAUCAUUCUACAAUGAAUCGUGGGGCGGAGAACGUUUUGAUAUCCAACAGGUGCAAGGUGAUAUGCCGAAGGAUCCACGGCAUUGGGCGAUUUUAGAUUCAGAUUUAUGUAAUCCUUCAAGAAGACAAAGAUAUUGGUCCACUCAAAAGUGCAAACAGUGUCACUCUGAUGGACACAAUAAGGCUGAUUGUCCAUUUCCAAAAAAAGUUCCUAACUGUCACAUGUGCGGAAAGGAAGGACACACAGAACCUCGAUGUCCUGAGAAAAAAUGUCUCACUUGUGGGAGACCAACAUCAUCGUAUGUAAAAACCUGCGAAUAUUGUCGAAAAUUAAAAUGUAGUACUUGCGGUUCGAAAGGUCAUGAAAAAUCCACGUGUCCUGACCUGUGGCGUAGAUUUCACCGAACCACAAAUACCUUAACGGUGAAAAUAUCUGAAGACAAUAAUAUGAUAAUGAAACCUGCAAAUCAAUUGCAUUGCUGCAAUUGUGCUCGACGUGGACAUGAUUAUACGGAUUGUGUUAAGUAUAGAUGGUCACAACAUUUUCCAACACCGUCAUACGUAACUGAUUAUACUGAUGGUCCACAUUAUAUUAGUAACACAGAAAACGAAGUCAUAGAAAUCCCUGAUGAAUCCUUUGUGAAUGAAAAUAAUGAAAAGAAUGUCGAUGAAAAUAUCAUUGGCGAGAAAGAACCUGAACCGAAAGAAGUACCUAAUGAUGCCGAAGAGGCACAAGAAAAUGUUAUAUAUUCAUACACUUCUCGUCAUGUAAUUGAAAACCCGCGUGUGUGGGGAAAAAAGUGGAAAACAGUGAAACCAGAUAUACAAUGCAUUAUAGACGCAGGUACGAUGCCAUGGUUUUUAGAGGAUGUUGCUGAUUUAGUCCCACUAGAGUUCACUAUCUCCAGUAGUACAAAAAUAUAUCUGCGUUUUACUCUGAGAUGUGAACAAAAAUAUUUAAUAGCUAUUAAACGUAUGAUAAUGAUGUGGGUACGUCGUGACGAGGUCGAUAAGAACCAUAUAAUCUUGAAAGAACUACCACUACAAAAAUCAGAGAUGAUCCAUGUGUUGUUAAAUAAAUUUAACGAGGCAAAGGUAGAUUUUGGAAAUCCUGCAGAUUUACUAACUGAGAUAAAAAGUUUGAAGCGCCAAAUCAAGGAAUUUCACCGAAACGGAAUCCGUAGUACUCAAAGCGAAAUUGCGACGACACGUUUAUUGAAACUGGAAUGUAGACUAGUGAUGACUUUGAAAUGCCAAAGUUCAAGAGGGCAACUUAACACACGCAAAUUAUCACGUAUAACUAAUAUAAUUCAUGAUUUACGUCAAAUGAAAAGUAAAACCGUACCUAUUGGAACGUUUUUCAAUAUUAUGUUCUUAUGUAAUAAUUUCUUUGGACAAUACGUACCGAUUGAAGCUUAUAAACUAACAAGUGAUGGGACGAUCCCUAAUAAGGAUAAAAAAAAUAAAAAUGAAAAUAAUAAGAAAGGAAAAAGAGAGAAAAUAUUACGUAGAAAUCCAGAACGUAGUGCUCGCUAUAAUUCAGAUGCGGGAAACGUUGCCGGUAGAAAGGGUGCUUCGAUAUCUAACAAAGAAACAAGUUCUACAGAUACAAGACCGUGCAGUGGUGAUACUGGAAAUUCGAGUCACACAAUAACAAGUGAUACUCCUAUUGAAGCUUCAUCGACCUGUACAACUACAGUAGCUCCAGUUCCUUCAAUUUUCGAUAUUCAUGCCACACCGCAGCUGCUACUACCACUGCAACCUCCCUUGGUGAAUCCUUGCAACAUUAAUUUCAUGAACAACAGCAGCUUCGUAAGGUCUGACAAUGUAGGCCAAGAAAACUUUUUGCCUUUGGAUACUGCAAGAUCAUCUGUUUAUACCGAUAAUAAUAACCCUUACAAUAUGCCGUCGCAUAAUCUAAACCAAGAAGGACCUUUAACGGGGAUUAGUAAUCGUAGUGGAAUGCAGUAUCAGCCUUUUAAUAUAUUGGGAUUGCCUUACGAAAGUCAUUCAAACAAUAUUCAUGGUACUCCUUAUCAGUUUGCUUAUAAUAAUGCAUCACAGAAUACCAUACAAAUGAAUCAACUUCCCAAUGAUAGUUUUUCAUCAGACAUCAUAAUUGAUACGAUUAUCCAUGUUGAGAAUAAUCAACUCAAGGACAAUGCUCAGCCAAAGCAAAUACAAAAUCUGAAUCCACCAAUUUAUGUGGCAAAUACAUCUAAUACAAUACCUAACUUACAGCCAAUAUUAAAUACAAAAAAAGCAAGACGGAGGGCGAAUUUGGAGAAAAAGCGUCAAGACAAGUUAUUUCAACAAAAGAAGAACAAGAACGCUCAGAAGGCUACACCAGCUAUAAGAAAAAAUGCACAAUUUGCUAUCCAAAUAGCUGAAAAUCUAAAUAUACCAAGAUUAACGACAGCGGCUAAUGUAUUAAAGAAUAAAUUGAGAGAUGGUAACGUUAAAAAAAAUGACGUCUUUUUGUUUAAACAGUUAAUUUUAAAAUUGUCUGCACCUAAAAACAGACCUAAACAAACGAGUUAAAUGUAAAUUGUUUAUUGUCAAAAACUUUCUCCGCAUUAAAUAUGUCUCGGUUGUAUAGUAAAACCUGCUAAUGAUAAAUAAAUAGAUAAUACUUAUCAUUGAUUCAAGAAUAAGUAAUAUGAAAUAUAAUUUUAUUGUUCUCUAUUGAAA